AUGGACAUGGAAAAAGCAGAAGAGCACGGUGAUGUCGACAUCCAAAUCACCGCCAAAAAUGGCACCGUCCUUGAAGUCGGGCCCGAAGCCCUCUAUGCUAUGGAAACAGAGCACCGCAUGGGCUUUUUUGAAGGCCUAAAACUCUACCCCCCUGCCGUCGGCUGGUCGAUAUUCUUCUCCCUUGGGAUAAUCAUGACGGCUUUUGAUCCUCAGUUAUUGGGUAGUUUGUAUGCUACUCCUGCCUUCCAGAAGGACUUUGGGUAUUUAUUUGAGGGGAGUUAUAUUAUUAGUGCGCCGUGGCAGACGGGUUUGGGUAUGGGUAAUCCAAUCGGGCAGGUUGUUGGAGCGCUGGCGGCGGGGUACCCGAUGGAGUGGUAUGGGAGAAAAUGGACAUUUGCGGCUUGUGUUGCUGCUACUGCUGGGUGUAUCUUCAUCCAGUUCUUUGCCCGCUCCUUGAAAGUAUUGCUAGCAGGGGAGCUCAUUGGAGGUCUUGUCCUCGGCACAUACGCAACCAUAGCUCCGACCUACGCCUCAGAAGUGUGCCCCAUUGCUCUCCGAGGCCAUCUCACAGCAUAUAUUAACCUUUGCUUUGUCAUGGGCCAGUUGCUCGCAAAUGGUGUUAUUGCCGGAACUCAAACCCUAGACACGCACUGGGCUUACUCUGCGCCGUUCGCUAUCCAAUGGCUAUGGCCCCUUAUCAUUUUGGCAGUUGUUCCCUUUGCCCCAGAGUCGCCCUGGUGGCUUAUACGGAAGGGCAGAUUGGAAGAAGCAGAGAAAGCAUUGAACCGUCUAUCUUCAUCUAAAGUCGAUAAUAAGCCUACUUUGGCGAUAAUGAUUGAGACUGACAGGCUUGAACUUGAAAUGGAGACUGGAACUACGUACAUGGAUUGCUUUAAGAAGACCAACCUCCGAAGAACUGAGAUCUCAAUUGGAGUAUACACUAUUCAGGUAUUUAGUGGGAUCUAUCUAGUCGGUUACGCAACGUACUUCUUCCAACUUGCCGGUCUUCCCGGCUCAAAAGCCUUCGACAUGAGCGUCGGCUAUCUAGCAGUAGGAUUCGUCGGGACCUGUCUAUCUUGGGUUCUCCUUUCCUACAUGGGACGCCGACGAAUGUACAACAUCGGUCUCGCCAUCUUAUCAGUCAUGAUGUUUAUCAUCGGAAUCCUAGACUGCGCGCCUAAUUACGAGAAUCGUCCUGCAGUCAUCUGGGCCCAAUCUUCUAUUAUGGUGAUCUGGAAUGGUAUAUACGACCUGACUAUUGGGCCCGUGUGCUUUUCUAUCAUCUGCGAGGUCUCAGCCACCAAGGUGAGGUCCCGGACGAUUGCGGUCGCCACGGCUGUACAAGCACUGUUUGGGAUUGUCAUGACCGUUGCUAUUCCGUAUAUGAUCAACCCGGACCAAGCAAACAUGAGAGGAAAACUUGGAUUCUUCUUUGGCGGACUCUCCGCGAUCUCGUGCGUGUGGGCUUGGUUCCGGGUCCCUGAAACAAAGGGUCGAACUUACGAAGAGCUGGAUCUGAUGUUUGAAAGGGGCGUCAAGACGAGGGAAUUUAAGCAUUAUAAAGUUGUUUGA